CGUGCGUGGAAAAUGAACUUAGUCAGUAUCGUACUGCGGAGCAUUUCGCACCGGGCCACCGACAAAUGUGGUUUCAAACAACUUUUGUAUUUUUUAUAAUUGAUCAUUGUUUACAAUGCUCGCCUUACUUUUAAUCACCGGAGCGGCGGUUCUUCUGGCGGCUAGAUGGUGGCAGGCGAAAGUCCAAUUUGCCCGUUUCCUACCUCGAGCGCAACCAUACUACCCCGUGGUUGGGAAUUUGCAAAUUGCCCUACCGUUUGGAAAAAGUGCGGAGCAGCUUUUCACGCUAUUACACGGUUACUUUCGACAGCACGAUAGGAUGUUCGCCAUUCACAUCGGUCCAAAGGUGGCAAUUGGACUGUCCCAUCCCGAGCUGGUGCAAACCGUUCUCAAUCAUCCUGACUGUCAGGAAAAAUCCAAUGUGUAUAAACUCUUACGCUUACCAAAUGGAUUACUUUCGUCAAAAUACCAGAUUUGGAAAUUGCAUCGGAAGACACUAAACUCGACGUUUAACAUAAGAAUCCUGAACAGUUUUUUACCCAUUUUUAACGAAGGCACCCAAAAGCUAAUCAAUCUGUUGAAUCAACAUGCACAUUCAAGGAAAGUAUUCAACAUUCUGGAGCCUCUUACCCGAUGUACUCUUGAAAUGGUAUGUGCAACAUCAUUUGGUAGAAAAGUUCUGGAAAGUGAAGGAAACCGGUACUUCUUUGAUUGCUUGGAAAUUUUGCUGACAUCGAUAGGAGAGCGACUGGUCAACGUGCUCCUGCAUAGUGAAAUCAUCUAUCGCCUAACACCCAAGUAUAACCGCGAAAUGAAGUGCGGCGCAGUUUGCCGCCGUUUUACAGAAAAAGUUCUUGAGGAAAAAAGAGUCGAAAUUGAGUCUCUUUUUUCUAAAAACUCAAGCAUGGCAACCGAUGGGACCCUGUCAGACGAUGAAGGUGAACCUUUCAAGCGACCCCAGAUUUUCAUAGAUCAACUGUUGAAAAUGCCGCUUAUGAUGAAGUCCGCGUACAACUUCAGCGACCAGGAAAUUUCCGAUCAUGUUUUCACUAUGAUUAUUGCGGGCAAUGAAACAUCGGCGACCCAGACGGCUCACACUUGCCUUCUGUUGGCCAUGAAUCCGGAAAUUCAAGAAAAAGCUUUUCAAGAAGUGCAACAAAUCGUACCUAGCGGAGACACGUUUAUCGACGCAGACAUGCUCCGCAAACUCGUCUACGUCGAAGCAGUUUUGAAAGAGUCCUUACGACUACUCCCAGUAGGAGCUCUUAUUUCUCGGAAAAAUCUGCAAGACAUCGUGCUGGAUGGUCACACGAUACCGAAAAACACUGCUAUAGUGCUGAACCCGUACUCGCUGCAUCGCCGCCCGGACAUCUGGGGCUCGGAUUGGGAGAAAUUCGUUCCGGAGCGUUUCCUUGGGGAAGAUGCUCAGCGACGGCAUCCGUACGCUUUCAUUCCGUUCAGUGCAGGACCGCGCGGUUGCAUUGGAAACCGAUACGCGAUGAUGACCCUGAAGAUUAUGAUGGCAAUGAUACUGAAAAACUUCAAAAUCAGUACCAAGCUCAAGUACGAAGAGCUGAAGAUCCAUUACCAGAUUUCGCUGAAUCUCACUUGUCCCCAUGCCGUCUGCUUGGAAAGACGGGAUUGCAAACAAUAGAAUAUGGAGAUGAAUUGGAAUAGAUAAGGUGUAUGUACCUGUCGUGCCUAAAGCACCAGUUAAAUCUUUUCUGGAGCAAGAAUCAAUAAAAUUAAUUUAAACUUAUUAGUGGUUCCACCGGAAAAAAAACGAUUUUUUCCAAAUUUGUAUUAUGUAUUGUUUGUUGUUCUGUAUUGCAUAUCAAAAUAUUAUUUUUAAAUCAACUUUACCUCGUAAUCGAUUGAUAAA